AUGGGGCGCCCAGGUCCCCAGAACGUGACCUGCGUGUCCUACAAGCACCCGAGCGUGCGGGGCGCGCUGGGCGACGCGGGGGGGGCGGCGGCCGGCGCCGUGCGCUGCCCCCCCGGGCAGUGCUGCGUGGGCAUCUGGAACCGCAGCCACGCUCUGGUGCAGGGCUGCUGGGGGGGGCGGGGGGACGCCUGUCCCUCGGCCACCUGCGCGCCCAGCCCCGCGGGCCACCCGGGCAGCUCCGUGCUGCUGUGCCUGUGCCACGGCCACCUCUGCAACGGCAACGCCACCGGCGCCGCGGCGGCCGCCGGGGGGCCCCGCCCGGGCCCAGUGCCCGGCCAGGGGGGGUCCGCGGGGACCCUGUGGCUGCUGGGCGCCAGCCCCCUCCUCCUCAUCCUCCUCAUCUGUCUGGGCGUCCUCGGACUGCGCCGGACGAGGGCCCGCACGGGGCAGCCACCGCGGGGGGGACGGAGAAUCGGGGUCCCCCCCCCGGAGCCCCCCAGCCCGGACCUGCCUGCGCUGCACUUCCUGCAGGUGCUGCAGUCCGGGCGCUUCUCGGCCGUGUGGCGGGGCACGCUGCGCCAGCGGCCCGUGGCCAUCAAGGCGUUCGCGGCCGGGGCCGGCCGGAGGUUCGCGGCCGAACGCGCCGUGCACUCGCUGCCGCUGAUGGAGCACGAGAACGUGGCCAGGCUGCUGCACACCCGGGAGGCCGCGCCCCGAGCCCGCGGGGGGCUCCUGGUGCUGCAGCUCUACCCGGCCGGCUCCCUGCGCCACUUCCUGGGGCAGCACGUGGGGACCUGGGCAGGCAGCGUGCGCCUGGCGCUGUCCCUGGCCCGCGGCCUGGCCUUCCUGCACCAGGAGCUGUGGCGUGACGGGCUGUACAAGCCCAGCGUGGUGCACCGGGACUUGAGCAGCCAGAACGUGCUGGUGCGGGAGGACGGCACCUGCGCCAUCGGUGACUUCGGGCUGGCGCUGGCGCUGCCACCGCGCACCCAGGACAGCGCCAGCAGCCGGCACAGCGUGGCCAUCCGCAAGGCGGGCACCCAGCGGUACCUGGCACCCGAGAUCCUGGAUGAGAGCCUGGACCUGCGGGCCUGGGGCCGGGCGCUGCGCCAGGCCGACGUCUACGCGCUGGGGCUGCUGCUCUGGGAGAUCCUGUCCCGCUGCCAGGCCCUGAGCCCCGGAGCCCCGGUGCCGCCGUUCCGGCUGGCCUACGAGGCCGAGCUGGGCUCCAGCCCCAGCGGGGCUCAGCUGCGCCGCUUGGCCGCGGACGAGAGGCGGCGGCCGCUCAUCCCCCCGGCCUGGCACCGCACCCCGCAGGCCGGGGGGGCUCUGCCGGAGCUGCUGGAGGAUUGCUGGGACCCGGACCCCGAGGCGCGGCUCUCGGCCGAGCGGGCGCUGCAGCGGCUCCAGCGCUUGGCCGCGGGGCCCGCACCGGCCCCGGGGGACCCCGGCCCAGCGGCCGCCCCCGGCCAGGUCCUGGAGUCUCCUGCCAUGUGGAACCCUGGUGCAGGUACAGGGGGACACCCCAAACUGGGGGGGCUGCCUUGACCCCCCCCAGGGUCAGACCCCCCCCUCAAUCUCCGCCUUUUUCCCCCCCAGGACAGCCGCCCCCCCCCAACCCCGCGUACCCCCCGAACCCCACGUACCCCCCCCAGGUCCCACCCCCCAACCCCGUGUA